AACUGGAAGCACACCGGGCCGCAGUUGGUGGAAUGUUUAAUACUCAAUGUACUAAAGGCUGUCAACUACGAACGUCCUUCUGCAAACUUUAUCAUUUUGUCGAAGGAGUUGAAACACAGAUUGAGACAGCGGAACAAUCGUCGAGUCGUCAACGUAUAGAUCAGGGCAUUGAAAAUAAAGACAACGAUCAAAUUCAAGAUAAUAAUUUUAACAAAUCAGAAUCUGUAGUACAUACUUGUAAACAAAAAUGGAAACGUCCUAUUUUAGAAUGCAAUAUAGUUGUCAAGUGA